CAAACUAAAAACUCGAGAGUAACUUGAAAACCAGUUCAUUGCGAGUUGAAAGGUGCUGCAGCCUGUAGUUGGAAACUAUAAAUCAUUAAACACUAUCAUUUCACUAAGUCAGAAAAAAUUUUCAAUGGCAGAAUCCUCUUCGACUUCGUAUGCCGGACAAGCAGCACAGAAUGUGGAGAAAGGUGUUUGUGGGGUUAGUUUAGCUUAUGAAAAACUGCCUAAAGGUCGUAAAAUUAUUUUCAAAGUUAGUACCACAAAUAUACGCGUGGCAAAAGAAUUGUGUAAACUUGCUGGAUUAGUUGUCGUCGGAAGUGUAGCGAUUUCACUGGGUGCUUUGUACGUCUACGCCAAGAUACAACCAUUACUUCAAAAGGCUAUCAAUAAUACCUUCGGUGUAGAAAAUGUUGAAAAGAUCAUACCAAAUUGUCUUUAUGUUACACUUCGUUGUUCAACAGACGAGAUAUUUCUCAAAAUUCUUGAAGAUUACAAUUCAGGAAGAAUAAGAGAACGUUUGAAAGAUGAGGUUUCGCAGGUUGGAAUUGAGGUGGAAGGAUUGAUGGUUGAAAUUGAGAACAUCGAAGAAGUGAACAAAACAAAGGAGGAAAUAUACAAAAUGAGGAAAGCUGUAACGAUGACAGAAGGUGAAGAAAAAACAACGAAGGAAAGUUAUUCGCCUGCUGCUGGUGAUGGUGAGCGGGAAUUGUCUACCAGCGACAAAGAAGAAAUAUUUGGGAAUUAUAAAGAAAUGGCGGGUCAUGAGGCAAUGACAAGAAGAAGUUCUUCUGAUAGUAAAAAUGGUAAACAUCAAACGAGGGAAAGUAAGUGAAAAGCAAUCAUUCAAUU